CCAUCUUUGUAACUAAUGACAAUUAACGUGGUAAACCCAUAAUUAAAUGAUCGGCAACAGUUUCAAUCAAAUGGUUAACAAUUUUGCUCCUAAACAAUCACAAGAUUUGUAUAAAUAUUGAAAUCAUUUGCUAAUUGUUUCACUUUUUCACUCCAACUUUGGGUUGAAUAUUGUAUUUGAGUUUUAUUUUUGCCUUGUUUUAACCUCUAUUCAUAAUGGACGAUAAGUCGACAGUGAUUAACAUUUCAGGUUCAAAAUGUGUGAUUAAAAAGACUGUUAUCCGUAAAUUGGUUGAAAAUGGAGAGAUUCAAGAAAUUAAAACCACAAUUGAGGAGAUUACAGGUGCUAAUAUUGAUACUGCUCAACUGUUGGCUAAAUUUGACCAACUCUCAGCUGAUGGAUUAACAGUUAAAUUUGAUGAGAAUCAAAAUGAAAUAACAAAAGAUGCUUCAGUUGUAAAAUCGGGUGUUAAAAGUGUCAACUCUGGUCAAGAUGUUAAACCAAAGAUUAGUCCUGAGAUUAAACCAGAAAGUAAACCCGAAAACAAACCCGAAAAUAAAGCUAAAGUUAAAGCUGAAGAUAAGCCUGUGACUGUACAAGGGAUUAAAGAUGAAAGUGUGAGAACUGCCAAUGAGUCAAAAGAUUCUGGAUCAACUGUUAAAUCAGAAAGUGUUGACCAAUUUAAACAAGAUUGUCUAAGCAAACACAAUCAACUGAGAUCACUUCAUGCAGUUGAACCAUUGACCAUCAAUGACAAGCUCAAUGAAUUGGCUCAAGAUUGGGCAAAUCAUCUGGCUUCAAUCGGAUCUUUAUCACAUCGACCCAAAAAUGAGUUUGGUGAAAAUGUAUUCUGGACUUCAUUGACAGCUGUAAAUGGAGAUAAGCCGGUUGAAUCUUGGUAUAGCGAAAUUUCAAAGUAUAAUUGGGAUAAAGCAGCCUUUGUCAGUGGAACUGGACAUUUCACUCAGGUUGUUUGGAAAGGGUCAAAGGAAAUUGGAAUCGGCAAAGCUGUGGGUUCAAAGGGGACUUUUAUUGUCUGUAAUUAUAAGCCAGCUGGAAAUUUUAUUGGAAAAUUUGCAGAAAAUGUUUUACCAUUGAAAAAAUGAGUCAAUUUGGGUUCAUUUGUUGGUGAUUAGCUUCUAACAAUGUGAGGCAAAAACAAAAAAUUAAUAAUGAUUAUAGAUAAUUUAAACAAUACUUUGGCAUUUACUUGUAUCUUAAGUUUGAUGACAAUAAUCUUGAUGAUGUUAAUGACCAAUACAAUACAAUGUAAUUCAAUAGAAGUUAGGAAUAUUUUUGUUUCAAGAUAAAUGAUAUAUCAGUUAUUUAUAUUUAUAUA